CAGAGGCGACGGUGCGUUCGGGGAGAAGGUUCCGCGCGUCUUCAUGUCCCCGGUCUGAGCGCAUGUGUUGGGGGAAGAGUUUCCGAGCCUAGACCCCGCUGACAGGAGAACCCCGCAUGUAUUAGACCGUCCAGCUUGUGAUAAAGCUGGAAGUGAAGUGAGAAGUGAGCAGGAGAAGCAGCAGCGGAGCGGAGAGCUCGUUUAUUUUGGCUCUUCAUUGCAACAGAUUCACCGUGCGCUCUUGUUUUUACGCGCGUCUGAAUAGGACAACAUAUAAGCUGAUUAUAAGAAGACUGUUCGAGACUCGAGUCAUACAUUUGACUGCAGCACUUUAGCAUCCCCUGUUCCACCUCCCCCCCGUACCUUGUGAGCGCGGACCGGCAGAAGGAGGGACGGGAGAACCGGUGCGGACAGACCGGGAGGUCGCGCGUCUCCCCAGCGGUUCAGACACUUAUUUCCAGACGAUGGAUUAAGGUCAUUCCCUGGAUUUUUUUACAAUCUCUUUCAUUUCUUUCAUCGCCGAGCCAUAGCCCCUUGUUCCACCUCGGGAUUAUUUCACCUCCACUGACGUCCAGUCCCUGCCACUCGAGAUGACCGAGGAAUAUAUCUGGCGCUGCGUCCUGAUGCUCUACUGCGCGCUCCUCUCGGCCAACGCGAGUAACUGGCUGUACCUGGCCAAGCUGUCGUCAGUGGGGAGCAUCAGGGACGAGGAGACGUGCGAAAGGUUACGAGGCCUCAUUCAGAGACAGGUGCAGAUCUGUAAGCGCAGCGUGGAGGUGAUGGACGCGGUGCGGCGCGGCGCCCAGUUGGCUAUAGACGAGUGUCAGUUCCAGUUUCGCAAUCGUCGAUGGAACUGCUCCACGCUGGAGACCCUGCCUGUGUUUGGGAAAGUGGUCACCCAGGGCACACGUGAAGCAGCGUUUGUGUAUGCCAUCUCAGCAGCCAGUGUGGCAUUUGCGGUCACGAGGGCUUGCAGCAGCGGAGAGCUGGAAAAAUGUGGCUGUGACCACAAUGUACAUGGAGUGAGUCCAGAGGGCUUCCAGUGGUCCGGCUGCAGUGAUAACAUCGCAUACGGAGUGGCCUUUUCCCAGUCGUUUGUAGACGUGAGGGAGAGGAGUAAAGGCCAGUCGUCCAGCCGGGCUCUCAUGAACCUGCACAACAACGAGGCCGGCAGAAAGGCUAUUCUGUCCAACAUGCGCGUAGAGUGCAAAUGCCACGGAGUGUCCGGGUCCUGUGAGGUAAAGACUUGUUGGAAAGCCAUGCCACCGUUCCGCAAAGUGGGCAACAUCAUCAAGGAGAAGUUUGACGGCGCCACUGAGGUGGAGCAGCGCAAGGUGGGCACCACCAAAGUCCUGAUGCCUCGCAACUCUCAGUUCAAGCCUCACACGGACGAAGACCUGGUCUACCUGGACCCCAGUCCCGACUUCUGCGACUACGACCCGCGCACCCCGGGCAUGCUGGGCACGGUGGGCCGCCAGUGCAACCGGACCUCCAAGGCCAUCGACGGCUGCGAGCUCAUGUGCUGCGGCCGCGGCUUCCAGACGCAGGAAGUGGAAGUGGUAGACAGGUGUAGCUGUAAGUUCCACUGGUGCUGUUAUGUGAAAUGCAAACAAUGCCGGAAACUGGUGGAGAUCCACACUUGCCGGUGAUACGAGUGGGAGCACAGAGGGCACUGCUGAUGGAUAAAACUAACGCCAAACACUUCUCCCCAUUACAGGCCAGAGGGACUAACAAAGACUUGUGAAUCUCCCUCUUCUUCUGCUUUAAAACCAUCCCACCCUCUAACUCCUAGACUGAGUGGCAAGAGAGGCCAAAGAACAUCCUUUUUCAUUUUACGCCACUGUAAUAGAUAUCAGUAGAUUAGGCACCAGAGUCUGUUUGUUUUUAUAUUCAAGAAGAGAACAUCUUUCACUUCCUGUCUCCCUAACACUCACGUUUGGUUUGUAUUGUUGCUACUUGUUUUUAGAAUGAUUAACUUAUUUGUUAAGACUGAGGGGAUUGACAGGGUUGGAUGUAGAAGGGAGGGUUACACAAGUGGACAGAAUAAGCGACAGGAUUGGGCCUACGGCUGGACGGUUAAGGGUGGAGUUGGGUUUAGGGACGGGGGUCGGGAGGAGGGCUGUCUGCUCUCUGUGCUUGCUGCUGCUUUGGGGAAUCACUUGGACAGACAGAUGUUUGAAAAAGGAGAAGACAAAUCUGUCAAAUAACACAGAGGAUGCAGAUGAACUUUCUAUGAUUUGCUUUCUCUGCAUUCAUGGCCGUGCUGCACCAAAGGUUUAACUCAUGUUGAAUGAUCUAUUUUGCUUCCUGCAAAGCCCUGAUGCUGCUCCCACUACACGUGCUCACUGUCCGUCCCGUAGCGGGAGGAGGAAACGGGACAUCCAAAAGCCACUGUCAGCCCUUAUCUGUCCUGUCUUUAGGCCUGCGGUACUGGCAGUUCAUGGACGUGGUCAGAGAUCUCCAGCAAACAUUGCUCUGAAACAACACCUGUAUUCAGCCA